CCGAGGGACGGGCUCGGCGCGGGGCAGCUGAGACGGGGGUGCUGCCCCAGGGAGGCGGUGGCCGGUCGCGACGUGGGGAAACCAGCGAUGAAGCCGCCUGGUUCAUUGCAAACAAGUGAGUUUGACUCCUCAGAUGAAGAGCCUAUUGAAGAUGAGCAGACUCCAAUUCAGAUAUCAUGGCUACCCCUGUCACGAGUGAAUUGUUCUCAGUUUCUCGGUUUAUGUGCUCUUCCAGGUUGUAAAUUUAAAGAUAUUAGAAGAAAUAGCCAAAAAGAUACAGAAGAACUAAAGAGCUAUGGUAUACAAGACAUAUUUGUUUUCUGCACCAGAGGGGAACUGUCAAAAUAUAGAGUCCCAAACCUUUUGACUCUCUACCAGCAGUAUGGAAUUAUCACUCAUCAUUAUCCAAUCCCAGACGGAGGAACUCCUGACAUAGCCAGCUGCUGUGAAAUAAUGGAAGAGCUUGCAAUCUGCCUUAAAAAUAAUCGAAAAACCUUAAUACACUGUUACGGAGGAGUUGGGAGAUCUUGUCUUGCCGCUUGUCUCCUAUUAUAUCUGUCUGACACAGUGUCACCACAGCAAGCCAUAGACAGCCUGAGAGACCUCAGAGGAUCUGGAGCGAUACAAACCAUAAAGCAAUAUAAUUAUCUUCAUGAGUUCCGGGACAAACUAGCUGCACAUCUAUCAUCAAGAGAUUCACUAUCAAGAUCUGUAUCUAGAUAAAAAAAAAAAAAUUUCAAACAGCAUAUAUAUAUGACCAUGUCAGAAAUUUAAGAGCUCUCUAACAUAAUCUUUAUUAAACUUCUAGUGUUAUCAACUCGAAUGUAAGUGUCUAUGUGCAGAUAUUCCUAAAGCUUUUAUUGACAAAUUUGUGUCUUUUUCAUCUCUUAUAAGAGAUAGAAAAAUUGCUACGUAAUUUUCCUUUUUAGAAAUGCACUGGCUGCUCUGGUGUAUUGUAUCUGGAGAUAAUGCUGAAGAAGCAUAUGGAAAAAUAGUUGACUGCAUUUAUUUACCACACUUUUACCUCAUUUUACUAUUUGUAACUUUGGGUGAUAUACAACAUAGUAAUAAGUAUGAAAAUUUGUGUAAGCACCCAAGCUAAAAUUAUUUCAAUAACCUUCCGCCUUUAUUUCUCCCAAAAUCUCUCCCAUUGCUUUUUCUACUUCAUAGACAUACAAAAUCGUAAGGAAUAAUAUGAUUUAUCUAAUCA